AUGUCGUAUAUGAAUUUAAAAAAUUUGAUAAAAGAUGAGGGUUAUAGGAAUAUCAAGUGUACGUGGUAUUGGAACCCCAAAUAUAGCUUUAGUCGUGGCCUUAGACCCCUAAACUGUGAUAGUGAUGUUCUUAAGUUUGCUGAGGAUAUUAAGGGUUUUGAAUUGGUAGAUGUGUAUGUUGAGCACUCAAUAGAAGUGACACCUAUUGAGGAUGAUGAUUAUGGUGGUCUAAACUAUGUUCAUGAUGAAGUUGAUUCUGAUGUUCAAAUUAUAAGUAAUCAUGACGAGGCUGAAGUUGAAGUUGAAAGUGAACAUGUUGAGGCUGAAGUUGAAGAUGGAAGUGAACAUAUUGAGGCUGAAGUUGAAGUUAGAAUAGAUGAUGAUGAAGACUAUAUUGGGAGUGGGGGUAAGAUAAGUAGUUCUAGUCAUGAUGAUUAUAAGUUGAAUGAGCAUGUUGUUGAAGGUGAGAAUGUUGAGCAAAAUGUGGAUUUGGAUUGGACAACUGCCAUUCCAUGUGAUGAGCCUGGUGAUAAGGUUAGAAAUUAUGACAAGGAUGAUGAUUCUGAUAUGUUGCAUACACCUAAUGAGAGUGGUAGUGAUGAGGAACACGUGGAGUUUCCUUCUUUUAAAAGUGAGUCCUCAAAGUUGAGAUUGGAAGCUCAUCACAAGCCCCUCCACCUACACAGCCAUCUCAACAGUAGUGUUCUAUAA